CCCUUCAUCUUUUCGUCUCUUUAUUCACUCUGGUAAAGGCCUGGGGUUCCUCUUAUCAAUGUUUUUUAUUUUAUUGUUUUGUCCUGUUUCCACUGCUAUGGGUACUAUGAUUUGCCUGUAACAUUCAUUACCCACCCUACUUUCAUUGGCUUAUGAUUCCCGGGUAUCCAACUUUGCCAAACCUCGGCCGUCUUAUUGCUGAUGUACACUCUUUCACUCUCUUGAUCUCGCUAUUGUCUCGAUUACUCCUCCAACCCUGCCUCUGGUUAUUAACAGCCAGCACAGAAUUUCACUCCUUCGGAAACUACACGAGUCGGACAGUCAGCUCACUACAUUACAUUCCUUAGCAAGCAGCAUCUGUAUGAUAUUUUUCUCGUCCUUUUUUUGGCACAGUGACGCCGGCCCCCGAGACGAUCAAACUGCCAGGACUUAAGGGUCCCGCAGCAUCCUCAUUCGACGGGUCCCUCCCCCCCGUUGGAAUCGAUCGCCAACAGUAGUGCUCUGCUGCACUAUUCCGUUCCAAUUCUGCUCUUCCCGGGUGGGAUUAGUCACGCGCCCUGCAGUUGAGCGAUCGACAAAAAGCACCACCGUAUCCACCACCAUCAUACACAUAGACAAGCACGCACGCACGCACGCACCACGGCUUGACGCUCAUCGCUGCCGUAUGCAGCCCUGAAGAGUUUCCUACAAACUUUGUUUUGUGCUGUAGCCACUGUCCACUAUUAGCCUGGGCCAGAUUGGACCAGGGAACACUCACUCCUCUUCGACUACGACAGACGGGCUCCGUAACAGCGAGCUCCCUACCCUAUUUGUCCCAGUCAGCUGGGCAGGUCUCUCAACAACGACAAUCGCUUCGUCGCAACUUGGUUUCCUUUUUGUCGUUUUAUUUUUUUCUAUUUUUGAUUCCUUUCUACUUUUACCGUUGUACUUGAGUGCCACACUUUGGGUUCCUUGACGACGAAAACGAACACAGUCGGCCAUCCCGCGGGCGAGGAAACGACUUGUGUAGACGGCCGGUCCGGUUCCUUCGAAUUCACUCACUACAUUCGCUACUUGCAUCUACAUUCGAUUCAACCCGACGACUCUGGGAGCUUUUUCUUCUUUUCCUUUGGGUUCCUAGACCCUUUCUUCACGCAUCGCCGGUCGCCACCAGAAGGUAACAACAGCCGACAGGUAUCUGUUGUUCAAAAUGGGUUGCGGCGGCAGAAAACACCAGGUCGAAAUUCGUCCGGAGCAGAAAUGGGAAUACAUUAGUCUAAAUGAUUUCAAGUCAACGUCAUGUUUGACGCCUUUUGCAUACACUUAUCUUUGGAUUUCCCUCUGCAUAUCCAUGGCCGUUUAUGGCGUCGACAGUUUCACCGCCGUUCAACUUCUUGCAUUUAACCAAUGGCCCGGCCAGGUCCGACCAGCCAUCGACUUCGACAUUUCAAAAUGGAUUUUUGCCGUCUGCAUCAUUCUUUCAUUUCUCAACCUCGGAUAUGAACACGUGCGCGCACAAAAGGUCAUCAGGAGGGGGAGUGUAGCAGAGAGCUACCUGGACAACUUGGCAGUUCGCCUGCAAAGUAUUCGAAUCGGCGGCGGCAAGGGCUACAAGCGAUUCCUGGUUUUCGCUGAGCUGACCAAGAGCAAAAAGGGCGCCGAAUACUUGGCGUUGUUUACAUAUUUCAGUUUCCAGUCUUGGUUUAGAGUUAUUGUCUGCUCUGGACCCAGGCAGGUGGUCAAUGCUGUGACGCUCUAUGCCUUUUACCAGGCCCAGGAUCUCACGCCCAAGGGCACCGACGUAGGAAACACGCUGCUGGACUUCUUCAACAAGAUCAAGUUCCAGGCCGAACAGAACCCCGUUCUUGCGCUGAUCUUGUCUGGCAUGGUCUUCACUCUACUGAUCUGGGCCCUUGCCAUGCUCGCACUGAUCGCAGCCGUGCUUUGCUGGGUACUAUUCUUGUGGAGUUACAUUCCUUCAGAGGACGGAAGCUUGUCGAAUUACUGUGCGCGGAAAGCCAACAAGCGACUGAUGGCUAUAGUGGCGGCCAAAGUCAAUAAAGGUAUUGCCGAGGAGGAGCGGAGGAGAAAGAAGGCGGAACUCAAGGCAGCAAAGAAGGCAGGCGAGAGGCCACCAGAGGAUAUCAAGCCAACACUACCCGACGUCGGCGACGAUAAGCUUCCAACAUUCCCCUCGCUCUCGCGCGCCGAUACCAUGACAACGCUACCGCCGUAUGCCUCGAGGCCAGGCACUCCAGGAAGCAUCGAACUCAAUUCGUUGGACCAGAAGAGGCCGAUGCCCUCUCGGCAGGGAACCAUGAACAGUAGUUACUCGUCCAGGCAGCCGCUUGUUGGUGCUGCUGCAGAAUUUGGGAGAUCAGCAUCGCCAGCACCAUCAAUUCCCAGCACAAACUACAGCGGCAGAACCUAUGGUGGCCAACCACCCAUGAGCCGCAUGCAGUCCAACGCGUCGUCCAUGUCACGGGCUUACACAGCCAGCCCGGCGCCCUUUUCGUCAGACACGGUUCCGGCUCUUCCGCGGCCCGGUUACCAACGCAAUCAGCCAGGUGGACCACCGAGCAGAUUCGACAGCUACGACGACUAUUCGAGUGGGCGUGCUAGUCCCGCGCCAUCCAUGUACCCUUCGCGGGGACCAGGCGGCCCGAAUAUGCCGCCGAGGAGCGCGACUGCGCCUAUACCUCCCCGCGGUCCUGACGCCUACGACGACUACUCAAAUGGCCGUGCUAGUCCCGCGCCAUCCAUGUAUCCUCCGAGGGGUCCAGGCGGCCCGAACGGUCGUGCUAGUCCCGCGCCGUCAAUGUACAACCCCCCUCGAGCCCCGCCGCAGAGGAGCGCGACCGGACCUAUGCCUCCCCGAGGCCCUGGAUUCCCUCCACAGAGAAAUAUGACUGCCCCCGCCCCCGGACCGGAUGACCCCUAUGAUUACAACACCCGCCCACCAACUUCGAGCAGUCAGGCCCCGCCUCGUGGCGCCUUUGGAAACGGCUGGAAUUCUGACUUGGAGAACCAACGGGGCGGGCCCGGAGGUCCGAGGUAUUAG